AUGACUGCACGCAAGCUCUUCAUUGCCGCGGCCCUCAGCGGCGCGGCUUUCGCCGCUCCCAUCCUUGAGGAGCGCCAAUCCUGCUCCAGCCAGUGGGGCCAAUGUGGUGGCAUCAACUGGAGUGGUGCAACUUGCUGCGAGUCUGGUUAUUACUGUAGCAAGAUCAACGACUACUACUUCCAGUGCCUGGCUGGAUCUGGUCCCGGUUCUACGACCAGCUCCCUUGCCGUUUCUACCACCACAAAAUGGACUACCACCGUCUCUGCAACAAGCACCAAAACCUCUACCACGGCUCCUCCCCCGACUGGCACCGGCGCGGGAAGCUACUCUGGCAACCCCUAUUCCGGCGUCAAUCUGUGGGCCAACAACUACUACCGCUCUGAGGUUAGCAGCCUGGCAGUCCCCAAGCUCAGCGGUGCCAUGGCCACUGCUGCCGCCAAGGUCGCAGACGUUCCCUCCUUCCAAUGGAUGGACUCUUUUGACCACAUCUCCCUGAUGCAAGACACCCUUGUCGACAUCAGAGCGGCCAACAAAGCUGGUGGUAACUACGCCGGCCAGUUUGUUGUUUAUGAUCUCCCUGAGCGCGACUGCGCUGCUGCGGCUUCCAACGGCGAGUACUCCCUCGACAAUGACGGUGCCAACAAAUACAAGAACUACAUCAACACGAUCAAGACGAUCCUCCAGUCGUACUCAGACAUCCGUAUCAUCCUCGUCAUUGAACCUGACUCCUUGGCCAACCUGGUCACCAACAUGAAUGUUGCCAAGUGCUCCAAAGCCCACGACGCUUACUUGACCCUCACCAACUACGCCGUCACCACGCUCAACCUUCCCAAUGUGGCCAUGUAUCUUGAUGCCGGCCAUGCUGGAUGGCUUGGAUGGCCUGCUAACCAGGGACCUGCCGCUCAGCUGUACGCGGGUAUCUACAAGGAUGCUGGCAAACCCGCCGCGCUCCGUGGUCUCGCAACCAACGUCGCAAACUACAACGCCUGGAGCCUCAGCAGCGCCCCCAGCUACACUCAGGGCAACUCCAUCUAUGAUGAGAAGUCCUAUAUCCACGCCAUGAGCCCUCUUCUGGCGCAGAACGGUUGGCCUGGCGUACAAUUCAUCACUGACCAGGGCCGUUCCGGCAAGCAGCCCACCGGCCAAGCUCAGUGGGGUGACUGGUGCAACGCCAAGGGCACUGGCUUCGGCACUCGUCCCUCUGCCAACACCGGCGACAGUCUUCUGGAUGCCUUCGUCUGGAUCAAGCCUGGCGGCGAGUCUGACGGAACUUCUGACACCAGUGCCACUCGCUACGACUACCACUGCGGCUAUUCUGAUGCUCUCCAGCCGGCACCUGAAGCGGGAACGUGGUUCCAGGCUUACUUCGAGCAGCUCCUUACUAACGCCAACCCUUCAUUCUUGUAA